AGAUCCAACACAAACACAAAACAUUUAUAAAGAAAAAAUAAGUUUAAAAAAAUUAGAAUGGCGGCUUCGACAACAACACUCAUGAAGCUCUUCUUCUUUGCCCUAAUUCUUGUCAGCUUCAUCGUAUCUCCAGCAACGUCCACGGCACCAGAAGAAUGCGAAGCCGAGUCAACAAACCCAUGUGUUAACAAGGCUAAAGCCUUACCUCUAAAAAUCAUAUCCAUAGUAGCCAUCCUCUUGACCAGCAUGAUAGGCGUCUCGGCUCCUCUCUUCAGCCGAUACGUUCCCUUUCUCCAUCCGGACGGAAAUAUUUUCACAAUUGUUAAGGCUUUCGCAUCCGGAAUCAUCCUGGGAACAAGUUUCAUGCACGUUUUACCUGAUUCUUUCGAGAUGUUGUCAUCGGAAUGUCUAGAGGACGAUCCAUGGCACAAGUUCCCAUUCACGGGAUUUGUCGCUAUGUUGUCGGGCCUCGUCACUUUAGCCAUUGACUCCAUGGCGACUAGCUUCUACUCUAGCAAGAACGGUAGUGAGAUUGUACCUGCUGCUAGUAACGGUGAUCAGGAGAGAGCGAAUCCGAUGAUAACUCAUGGUCAUAGUCAUGGUCAUGGCGUUACAUUAACUACUAAAGAUGAUGGUUCUUCACAGUUAUUGCGGUACCGUGUCAUUGCUAUGGUUAGUCCACCACAUUUAUAAAUAUUCCAUUUUAAAGUGAUAUAAGUUUUAACAAAAUUACUUAUCUACC